AUGGCGUCGACAAACCGCUUCCCUGGUUCAAGAGGGCCACUUCAAAUCCUCCAAUUAUUUUUUAUACUAUUUGUACGAUGGUCAAGGGCGCUACCAGCUCCCAAUUCCGACUCAUACCCGCCAUCAACAACUACAUCCAGCAGCUCUGCAACAUCAAGCACUCCUGCAGAAUUGCGAGAUACAACCAGCAACCCAGUGUACAACUAUUACUUUGUCAUCGUGGCCGUAGUGGCUGCAUUUGCUUGUAUAUUAAUCAUCUAUUUCCAGCAGCGCAAGAAGAGGCAAGCGAACUUUACCCGCCAACAAGUGGUAGAAACUUUCGGAAGAAAUAACGGAAUUGCUCGGUCUUCUGGAAACAAUGGUGGAGUAGCGGCCGAAGAUUGUCGAUUGCAGAGACAGCAGCCUCAAGAACACAUAAGUACUGAGGGCUUAGACGAGCGAGGCGAGGCUCCCCCUCCGUAUGCUCCAGCCAUAAAACCUCCAAGCACAACAGAUGCAGAUGGCGUAAUAUCUCCCCAACAAGUGACCGAAACGGCCGUACUUCCUGUGUAUGACGAAUCUGUAUUUCAUACACCAGGCAAUGAUCAUGGAGAUCUAGGUCUUGCACGACCAGAUGCUUUCCUAGCUACAGAAUUAAAUAUAUCGCCGGAAAAUACAGGCGGAAUGCCCCAACCUUCGAAUCAACAGAGAACGAUAUCUCCAGUGACUUAG